UCUCAGUAAUCAAAAUCCUGGAUAGCGUUCUACGACGAAUCCUAGGAAGCUCGCCAAAGAGCACCCUACUCUUUCUCUCCUCUCGCUCGCUCUCUCUCUCUCUCUCUCAUUAGGGUUUUAGCUCGCUUCUUAUUCUUCUUCUUCUCUCUCAUCAUCAGAAGCAGUGCAGGUAAUUUGUAAAAUGGGUGAGACUGGGAAACGAUAUCGUUCGAAGAGAGACCAUGAUGGGGACAGCAAAAAUCAAAAGAGACGUGUGAAUGACAAAGAUGAAAAGGGCAAUGAUGAGAUGAUUGUGUAUAGGAUACUCUGUCCGGAUGGUGUUAUUGGGAGUGUUAUUGGUAAGAACGGAAAAGUGAUAAAUUCAAUAAGGCAAGAGACCAGGGCAAAAGUCAAGGUUGUGGAUCCAUUUCCUGGUGCCAAGGAUCGAGUUAUAACGAUUUACUGCUAUGUUAAGGAGAAGGAAGAUGUUGAGGUUGAUGAUGAGUUCAAUGAUAAAAAGCCCUUAUGUGCUGCCCAGGAUGCUCUUCUCAAGGUUCAUUCUGCCAUUUCAAAUGCCAUGGAAACUGUUGGAGAUUCUGAGAAGAAACGAAAGAAUAAGGAAGAAUGUCAAAUCCUUGUUCCAUCGAGCCAGUCUGCAAAUAUCAUUGGUAAGGCCGGGGCUACCAUUAAAAAACUGAGAGUUAAGACACGGACAAAUAUCAAAGUCAUUGCCAAGGAUGCUGCUGACCCAGCACACUCAUGUGCCAUGGAGUUUGACAAUUUUGUGUUGAUUACUGGUGAAUCUGAAGCAGUAAAAGCAGCAUUAUUUGCAGUUUCUUCAAUUAUGUACAAGUUCUCACCCAAGGAGGACAUUCCUCUUGACACCACUGUACCAGAAACUCCUCCCAGCAUUAUCAUUCCUUCUGAAGUUCCAAUUUAUCCACCUGGUGGACUAUAUCCAGCAUCGGAUCCAAUUAUCACACCUAGGUCCGUUCCUCAAAUUUUAGGAUCUACAAAUGUACAAGAUCUGCAAGGUUAUGCUGAUGCAGGAAAUACAUGGUCUCUAUACUCAUCUUCCCUUCCAGUAGUUUCUGGUCUUGGUGCUUCCAAAUCUGAGGAGUUAAUUGUAAGAAUGUUGUGCCCUGCUGACAAGAUUGGGCGUGUCAUUGGGAAAGGAGGGGGUACAAUUAAAAAUAUGAGGCAGGCUACUGGUGCUCAUAUCGAGGUUGAUGAUUCCAAAGCUCGUCAUGAUGAAUGCUUAAUCACUAUAACUGCAACAGAGUCGUCAAGUGAUUUGAAAUCCAUGGCUGUUGAAGCUGUUCUACUACUGCAAGAGAAGAUAAGUGAGGAAGAUGAUACCACAGUUUCAAUCCAGCUCCUAGUUCCAUCCAAGGUGAUAGGAUGUAUUAUAGGGAAAAGUGGUUCAAUCAUAAAUGAAAUUCGAAAGAGAACUAAGGCAGAUGUUCGAAUCUCAAAAAGUGAUAAGCCUAAAUGUGCAGAUGUGAAUGAUGAACUCAUUGAGGUGGUCGGCGGAGUUGAUUGUGUGAGGGAUGCACUUAUCCAGAUUGUCUUAAGGCUGAGAGAUGAUGUAUUGAGAGAGAGGGACACUGGCCAUAACCAUAAUCCCCCUAUAGGUGCUGAAUCCUUGUACUCAGGUAGCUCUGUUCUUUCAAUGCCAUCUGUGAUGUCUUCAGUUCCUCCUUUCCCUGCUCCACUGGCUUAUGAUCAGAGGACUGAAAAUGGAACUGGCCUGGGCAUGCUUUCUUCUAGCAGCCUUUAUGGAUAUGGAUCUCUUUCGAUUGGAGAAAAUGGCUAUGGAUCUAUGUCUUCGUAUGCCACCAAGCUGUAUGGAGGUUUGCCUCCCCCAUCAACUCUGGAGAUGUUGGUUCCUGCUAAUGCAGUAGGCAAAGUGUUGGGUAAAGGAGGGUCCAAUAUAGCCAAUAUCAGGAAGAUUUCAGGAGCAACAGUAGAGAUUUCUGACUCCAAAUCUGCCCGGGGUGAUCGUAUUGCUCUUAUUUCUGGCACACCUGAACAAAAGCGUGCAGCUGAAAACUUGAUCCAGGCAUUUAUAAUGGCUACAUGAGUUGUUGGAGUUAUUUCUGGGGGUUUGAAGGUGAAAAUUUAAUUCUCAGUGCAUGUUCUUGUUCCUCUUCUUAGGUCCUCUAGGUUGGUCGUGGAGAGAAUUUUCUCUAGGGUUCUUCAACUGGACUCCUGCUUCUUCCGUAACAGUGAUUACCAAGAUUAUGCCUGAUCAUCCAGUGCUGGUUUUGUAUGUAGGAGCUAUUGUUCCUUUCUUUUCUGUUUUCUUAAUCUACUCUUCAUCUGCGUUUUUUCUUAGAAAUUUAGGAUCUUUCUGUCCAUUCAUACUUUUUUACUGAUGAAUAGUGUGGAAUCAUCUUUAUCUCCAUUAAUUAGUAUCAGAGGAACCAUAAAGGGAUUAUGUUUAUUUUGAUUCUGCUGGUUCAACCUUUUAUUCUCCUUUCUUGCUGAAAGUAUCUGCUCCCCAAUGAUACAAAUAAAAUGCAAAUUCCCUUGCAAUCUCCUCUUUCUAGUAUCCUUGGUUUGCGGUUACUUUGAUCAUAAGUGGGGAAGUUUCCUCACGCCAAGCGCACUUCAUUAUAUACAUAUAAUCUGAAAAACCAUUGGAAUUUAUUUUGUAGAUCUUGUGUUCAUGCUUUCACUUCACAGUUAUCUUGUCAUGGAUGCCACUCACAGAGAUGCUUGCUGCUGCAUUUUAUGGUAGCAAGCCUUCCCCUCUUCCAAUGUGGUUUAAAAUGAUUUCAUUGGAUCUCCUAAAUUCUAUCGAGUGAAAUUCAUUUUAUGAUCUCUAUCUCUGCUGCCUGCGGCUUACCUAUUGUCCAGUUUGCAACUUAACAUUUAGUGCAUUGGAUCUCCUAUAUUCUAUCAAGUUAAAUUCAUGUUAUGAUCUCUACCUCUGCUACCUGUGGCUUAUCUAUUGUCCUGUUUGCAACUUAAGAUUUUGUAUCUCAACUGAACUUGUAUUAUAGUUAAUUGAAUUUUGGUAACCAAGGUAUUAACCUGCUCUAAUUUUAGUGGUUUUUCCCAAAUGAAAAAUAAAUUUAUAGGCACUGGUUUCCUAUCCGUAAGGCAUCUGCUUAUUUUUCAGAUAUUGUUUUUUGAAGGGUGCAAUAAGAUUAAAUCAUCCUAUUUCAUCAACGUUUGCCUCGUCUUUAUUUCCAUCUUCUGUUGAAAAAUCAUCCAUAUUGCCUGUUUCCAUGUUUUAACAUCAGCACGACGACACUAAUGUACUCAAAACUUCCUUUUUCUAGCUAUAAGUGACUGGCCUCUCUCGGCUUUCUUUCUAUAAUGUGCUAUCAUCCGGAUACUUUUCAGUGAUAAUGUUGAGACAUUGCCUUUCUUAGCUACAAUUUUUCUUCAUUUUGCGCUAGUCAUCUAGUUUCUUUGAUGCUAUUUCACAAGUCUCCCUAGCCUCUAAUCUCAGCAUAAUAAUGCUCGAUAGAACAUUUUUUUAUCUUUUAAAUGAUAUAAUAUACAUUUUAACAAACCCUCCCUUGGUUCUAGGUAACUGUAGAUUUUCUAGCUGGACAAUUUCCCAUCUUUGAUUCUGUAUAUUUAUACAUUUUUGUCCAUUCGUUGAUUAUUUUCCCAUCAUUCUUAUCAGUAAGGAUGCCUAGUCUGAGUUUGGUCAUUAGGUCCCUAGGCAACCAUUGUCAUUAGUGGAUAAUUCAAUGCAUUGAUGAUGUCAUGCAUGAUAUUGGUUUCUCUUGGAGAUUAAUCUGUCCAUAUUUCCAUGUGAAGGGGUAUGAUUCAUUGGGGGGUGGAAUUGUAUCUAAAUUUAAUAUCAAGAAUCUUGUUAGUUAUUACUAUUUGUGUAAGAAUUUGCUUUUACGUUGCACAUCAAGUAGUGAGUGGUAGAUGUCUAUUGUACAUGCAGCUUUCUUCAUUCUUUUGAUUUCUACGAGGUUACUGUUUGCGUGUCUAUCAUAUGAAUUUAUGUUAUAUAUUCCCAGGGAUAACUGGG